CCUCCAGGAGUGGGGCGGGACCGCGGGAGGCGCGCGGCGGCCGGUGCGCCGGCCGGGCCAUGACCCCCGCUGUUCUCUCUUGCAGACUCGUCGCCGCGGCCCCCCGAGCCCGGCCGCAGCCGCCACCGCCACCAGCGCCCGGGCGUGCCCUGCGCGCCCCGGGCGCGGCUCCGCAGUAAGCCCACCAGGAAGGAAGCGGCCUGUGGAGGCGCCAACAUGGGGCUCAAGAUGUCCUGCCUGAAAGGCUUUAAAAUGUGUGUCAGCAGCAGCAGCAGCAGCCACGACGAGGCUCCCGUCCUGAACGACAAGAACCUGGACGUGCCCGACAUCAUCAUCACGCCCCCCACCCCCACAGGCAUGAUGCUGCCCAGGGACUCAGAGAACUCAGUCUGGCUGGAUGAGACAGGGUCAUGCCCGGAUGAUGGAGAAAUCGACCCGGAAGCCUGAGGUGGUGUCAUCGAAUUGCCUGGUGGACUCUCGCUCCAGCAUCCUGGCUUCAGGUGUCCGGGGGCGUGGCUGCCUGGGGAAGGUGGGCUGAGCACCCUGGAUGGGAACAGAGCAAAUCCCGGCCACCGCUCAGAAAGAUGUGUCAGGACCAGCGAGGAAUCCGGCCUGCCUGCUUCCACAACAGGGUUUCCCAGGCCCCGCUGAGUGGACGCACCUCUGACGCCUCCAGGUUCUUGCUGACUCUGGCCUGGUAAGAGAGAGCGCCAUGGUCCUGGCUGUCCGGGUCCCAGGGAAAGGCUUUUUUUCUGGACAAACACACCCUCCCAGUCCCCUGGGCCGGGCAAACGUGGGUCUCUGCCAUCAACACAAACAAGAACUUCUUGCAGACGGAGUGGCUGUUUUUUAUGUGUUGUUUUACAGAUAUCUAAACAGUCCAAAAUGGGAUUUAUAAUUUCUUUUUUGCAUUAUAAAUAAAGAUCCUCUGUAACAAUUGGUGAA